CCCGCUUACGUAAUCUCAUUAGGGCACAACGCAGGUGCGCCGGCCACGUUUGGUUUGGUCAAAAUUUUUUUCUCCGGUUGGUUUUUCUCUUUGCUUCACCACACUGACGACCGCCAGUUUUCUUUAUUUCGAAUCACAUCAUUUGAGAUAUAUAUAUACAUACAUACACAAUGGGUUUCGGAGAUCUUUCUGCUGCUUCUGGCCUUGCCAAGCUGAACUCGUUCCUCGUGUCUGAGUCUUACAUCUCUGGAUUUGCUCCCUCGCAGGCUGAUGUGAUUGUCUUCAAGGCCGUCGGUGCCGCUCCCGAUAAGGCUACCUACCCUGCUGCUGCUCGUUGGUACAAGAACAUUGCCUCGUACGAGAGUGAAUUCUCCUCUCUGCCAGGUGAUGCUUCCGCUGACGUUGCGUCGCUCGGACCCGAGGACGUUGCCGAGGCUGCUCCCGCCGCCGCAGAGGAGGAGGACGACGACGACGUCGACCUUUUCGGCUCCGACGACGAGGAGGAGGACGCGGAGGCCGAGAAGGUCAAGGCCGAGCGAUUAGCCGAGUACCAGGCCAAGAAGGCCGCGAAGGGCCCCAAGCCUGCGGCCAAGUCGAUUGUGACGCUCGACGUGAAGCCGUGGGAUGACACGACCGACAUCAACGAGAUGCUCGAGAAUCUCAAGGGGAUCGAGAAGGAUGGACUUGUGUGGGGUGCGCACCAGUUCAUUCCUGUCGGAUACGGAAUCAAGAAGAUUCAGAUCAACCUUGUUGUCGAGGACGAGAAGGUCUCGCUUGACGAUCUGCAGGCUGAGAUCGAGGAGGACGAGGACCAUGUCCAGUCGACUGACAUUAUUGCCAUGCAGAAGUUGUAAGGUGGCCGUAGUUGACGUUUACUUUCAUGUCUUUUAAUAAUAUAUUAUUUUUCAUUUGUUGCUAUGAGUUUUGCCGUGUGUAUAGGAUAAUAUGAAGAUUUAGUAACAACAUCAGGAUAUAAAGAGCUGUAGGAGUAGAGAUGAGUCAGUGGGUGUUGUGGGGGAGGC